GGGGCGCGGGGUGGCUACGGCGGUGCGGGAGUUCGGGGCGGCGGCGCCGCCGCCGCCCGCGCCCGACGGGAGUGGGGCGCGAUGUCCGCCUGCGGCCGCCGGCGUUGGGGCUGAUGGGGGCGGACGGGAGCGCUGCCAUUGAGCUGAGCCCGGGGCCUCGGCUAGGGAGCUCUGCCGUCCCUCAGACGCUCUGCGCCGAAUGUCUCUUGUCCUUUGCAGCAAGCUGCUAGGCUUGGAAAGGGAUUCCCCCUCCUUCCCCCGCGGAGGUCCGCAGGACGGAGUGCGGUGGCGGAGGAGAGAGGGGCACAGCUGGAAGCGGGCUGUCCGGAGCCGUCCCCUCCCCCCCGCCGCCGCAGCGUACCUGAGGGUGCUGGAGGCUAGCCCUACGAAGCUCCUCCAAGCAGCGGCUCGGCAGAUGUAGAUGCGUGCGCGUGUGUAUGCUUAACCCUUUCUUGGCUCCCCGGAUUUGUACCAUGCUGAAGAUCCUCACCAAAAAGCUCAGGAACCAGAGUUUGAACGAAAUUCAACCUUUCCAGCUAAAGAUCUCCUACCCCCCAAGUGAUGAGGACAGCGAUGACUCUGAGGGAGAGAACCAGGAACUUGCUCAGAUCGACAGAGAGAGAAGAAGGAAUUGUACCUUGACCCCUCUGGCCACCAAACAGCUCCAGAACCAGGAGGACCAAUGCUGCAAGGUUCGGGCCCUCUUCCAUGCCAGCCUUGACCGCCACAGCUCAGAAGAGGAGCUGGAGCGCAUCAACCGAGAGUUUGCCGCUGAGAAGCGGAAGUGGUCCCAGGUCAGCAGGCUUGCCUGCUGCAGCGACAGCAACAAUACCUCCUCCAGUGAUGAAGAAGUGAAGAACUUGUGCACGAUGUCCUUCCAGCCUGUGGCAGAGCAGGCUGAUGGCCUGCACGCCAGCCCAAGCCCCGUGCUGUUCAGUGCCUCCCCUCCCAAGAGACUCCAGCCCCUGGUGCGGAGCCCAGCCUCCAGACCUUUAAUCUUCACAAGUGUUGGGGCGGGCCUUGAGCAAGUCAUGCCUUGUAAGAGACAUCGACAAGGAUACGGGGAUAAGGUCAGCAGGCCCAGCCUUGACCUGGAAAAAAUGCAGCAGAAGAUGCUGCUCAAGAAGAAUUGUGGAGCGCAGACUAGAGUUAUUAAAAUUCAUAGCAUUAAUGGAGGCCGCCCACCACCCCACUUUGUGUAUGAUCCAUCCACCUUUGCCUUCCGUUCCCUCAGCACCUUGAAGCCGCUGAGCCCGAUAGCUCCAGUGGAAGAACCGUCAUGUGCCUACUGAAGGAGUUUCUCCAAAAACCUCAGGAACUAUCAACCAACCACCUGCCUGACAGGGAGGAGGGGAGGUGGUGAUACCCAAGGGGAUGGGAGGGAGAAGGAGACAAUUACAUAUGUUUGCAAUAGAGCCUCUCUGGCAGCAUA